AUGUCCAACUCAUAUUCCCCCAAGCCUACUUUUCCAGCAUUUCCACCAUCUCCGUUCACGCCACCGUUUGAUGAGCUAUUCUCGUUGUAUCACUUCACUCCCCUCAAAAACAACCCUCAUGUCCUUCCUCUACCGCGUUCCAUCACUCGCUUUCCAUCUCCUAGACCUAGUCCUCUCUUCUUCAUCACCAUCAACCCUCCCCACUUUGGUUCUUUCCAAGGCCCCCCAAUCCCUAAAUUCGAUGGCAACGACCCCCCUGCAGGCUGCCUUAACCACAUCUACGAUUUCUUCGAAUUCUAUGGCACUCCUCUCCAUGAGCAAGCCCGCUUACUUCGUAUAUGCUGGUCAGGCAAUGCUUCAAGGUGGCUCCAGUGGAUGCGAGCCAACGUUCUCCUGCACCAGACCAAAAUUCCGGUCGUUGCUUCAUCCUCUUCAGCCCCGUGGAUCGAACUGCCCGGGGAUGUGACUGCCAAUAUUCUGCAGAGGCUGGGGGCGGAGGGUGUCCUCAAAAGUGCACAGAAAGUGUGUAUUACAUGGUGGAAGGUUUCCAAGGAUCCUGACUUGUGGCGAGUCAUCGAUUUCUCCAACCCUAGGCAGGGAGUUUUCAAUGACGAGUACAAUGUCAUGUGCCGUCGUGCAGUGGAUCGUAGCCAGGGACAAUUGGUCGACCUCACCAUUCAGUACUUUGGCGAUGAUGCACUCUUGGACUACAUCGUCCAACGAUCACCGAAUCUCAAACGCCUCAAACUUGGAACUUGUUUUUUCAUAUCCGGAUAUGGUGCACGUAGAACGAUUGCAAAACUUGGAGUAUUGGAAGAAUUGCACCUUACUAUUAGACCAGGAAUUGAUGUUAGCGACAUUGAAGUUAUUGGCAAAGCUUGCCCAAUGUUGAAAUCAUUCUCAUGCAACGGAUUUAACAUCUUCAGCUUUUUGCACAUUGGAUUGGAAAUAAAGGACUUGAAGCCAUCCUUAAUGGUUGCCCACGCCUUGAAUCACUUGACAUCCGAAGAUGUUUUCAUCUCGAUCUUCAAGGGGAUUUGGGAAAAAGAUGUCGUCAACAAAUUAAAAAUCUUAAACUCCCUAAUGACUCGGUCAGUGAUGUACCAUGGCCCAAUUGCGAUGGAGGCGAUCCGUUUAGUUCUUCUGCAUUCUGGUUUGAAUUUUACUUAUACGACCAUCAUACAGCUUAUCAUGACCGUCCUGACUACAACUUCAGUGGACGGUAAAUGUAUUUUUUCAAUUGAUUUCUAACGUAAGAUAUCUAUAUACUAUAUAUGAACAAAUGAUA